UCCACUCCCACUUCCUACCCUUCCCCGUAACUUCAAUGGCAAACCCCUCCAUGUAUAACUUCUUCAGCGCGAGCCAUCCUUCUGCCUCCAAACCCACCAAGCAUGCCGUAGCUUCGGCCACCGACUCGUCUCCGCCACGUUUUCCUUGUCACUGGCCCGAGUGUCCCAAGGAGUUUGCCACCUCUAAAGCUCGUGCCGGCCAUCAGAAAGCUCACAAGUGCAAGCCAGCCGCUGCUCGGCAGGAGGCCAAACCCACAGAGCAUGCAACAGCUCCAUCCACUAACUCGUCUCCGCUACGUUUUCCUUGCCCCUGGCCCCGCUGUCCCAAGGAGUUUCCCACCUCUAAAGCUCGCGCCACCCAUCAGAAAGCUCACAAGGGCGAGCGAGCCGCUCCUGCUGGGCCAAACAUUCCGGCCAACAACCUGCAGGAAUACCCCCUACUUCAUCAUCUGUUCCCCAUUCAUCCACAGCAGCCUCCGCUGCCGCCGCACCAGCAGCACCAGGACCAGAACCUAGCUUCCAUCUCGGCCCCUCGGAGCUUUCUGAGGCUUUCGACUGCUGAUGCUCUCUCCACUACCACUGAUGAGGAUGAUUCUGCCAAUAUGGACCUCACCCUCCGCCUGUGAAGGACUUUAGAGUGAAUGGUGUUGAAGGUAUUUAUAUAAAUAAAUGCUGGUUUAUUAAUAAAAUGGGUUUUCAAGUUUGCUGAUGAGAGCUCGUUGGCAUUAAUUCCCUAGUUCUAGUUCUUCCCAGCAUGAGAGAGUGGUUUGCAUGUGGGUUUAAUGUUUUUUGUGUAGAAGUAAUAGUCCAUUAAAUAAAGAAUAUUUUACUGU